AUGGAAGAGUCUAUCUUUGAUGUAUCCAAUUCUGGAAAGAAGAGGAAGACAAGAUAUUCCAGAAAAGGAUGUCUGCAGUGCAAACGUUCGCAUUUGAAAUGUGAUGAGGGUCAACCGAAAUGUGGGAAAUGCGUCAAGAGAAAUAUUUCAUGCACGUACCAGUUAAGUCUUGUAUUUCAAGACGUAUCACAGUCGAAACUGAAAAGCAUGCCUGUCAUUCAUUCAAUUAUGGAUUCUAAUGAUGGUAUGAUUAAGGAGAUACCAUCCCAGCCGAUAGGUAGUCAACCACGCAAGAAAUCUUCGACUUCUUCGACUUCUUCUUCACAAUCACUUACACAUACACUGCAAAUUCAACCACAUCCACAACCGCAUCCACAAGUACGUCCACAAGUCCAUCAACAAGUUCAUCAACAGGCACAUCAACAGGCACAUCAACAGGCACAUCAACAGGCACAUUCACAGGCACAUCCGCUGGCACAACCGCAAGGACAACCGCAGGGACAACCACAAAUACCUACACAACUGCCAUUGCUGCUGCCGCAGCUGUCACAGCAACAACAGCCACAACAUCAACAACAACAACAACAACAACAACAACAACAACAACAACAGCCACCACAACGACAGCAGGAACAUUUACAAUUGCUGUCUAAUAUACCGCAGCAGCAGCAACAACAACAACAACUUUCAACCCAGCAAGCAGAUUCAUUACACUGGAAUGUGAAACCUGAUUUUGCUCAACUGCUGGAUUUGAACGACUUUAACUUACAAAAUCUCAUUUGUGUCUCCCCAUCAGACGCCAAAUUACUGAGCUUACCAAACCUUAAUGCCAAACCUAAUACCUCAGCCACAGAAUUAAAGAACUGGGUACCUCUUUUAAAACCAUACGAUAUAAAUUGGAGAAACUUUGUCUGGAUAGAUAUGUUACAACUUUUAGAGAAAGAGGAUCCAUUCCAAACUGCAUACAAAAGUGUAAAUCCAAUUGCGAUCAGCGAAAUCAGAAUCGAUGAUCCCAACCUAACUAACUUCAUUUGGAGAUUUGCUUGUACGACUUUGAUCGCGGGUAAUUUCUUGUUAUUUCCUCAUGAUAGAUUCGAUACCUUCAUGCGGUGUCUCUGGUCUUUGAAUGAGAAACAUACAAUUGUCCAAGAUGCUAUACGAUAUGACAUCUCAGUUUUUAUGCAGGACGUGUAUGAAAAUGCAAAGUUGCAUCAUUUCUCCCAAAUAUGGGAUCGUUAUGUAAGAGCCUUAAGUUUCAAACAAGUGUUGGGAACCAUCAAUGAAAGAAUCCAAAAUUCUCAAGACUUUGUGGAGUAUGUUUGCUUAACAUUCACCGUGUUCCUCAUGUUUUUUGCUAAUAGUGCCUUGAGAAGUAAUCUCUGGAGAACUCAUCUUAGAGGAUGUCAACAGCUUUUGAUCAGAGCAUCAAUAUUGAUGCCAAAGGGUCAAUUGACCGAUCUAGAGCAGAAUGCUGCUGAUAUUUACAGUGUUUUAAGGGAUUGGUUCUGUCAUGCGGAAACAGCCGCUUCAAUCGCAUCGAAUUUUGGAAUUUCUUUAAUUGAUAUCACUGAAUUCACAAAGACUGCUUUCCUUACUGAAAGCUCUCCGUUGUCGUUAACAGGCAAUUCUUUCAAUCUCUUGAAAGGUAUGUCCAAUAACCUCAACUCUGUGUAUUUCCACCUCUUGUUGCGAAUGUUCGAAUUUAAAGACAAAGGCGUCGAUAUUUCCGGAUUAAACAUUUUCCUUUUCAAAGUCAACGGAACGACAAAAUCAGUUUUACCUCAAUUAUCUAUGUUCGGUAGAGAAUUGCUGGAUGAAUUACAGCGUUCAGCAGUUUUAGAUUCGAAUCUAGAAUUGAAUCUCAUCGACGUGACUGACCUAAGGUUGAAAUUUUCAAUGCUUGCAUCGCAUAGCAUGUUUUACUUUCUAAUGGAAGUCUAUCUCAAGGUGUACUUUCUUGAUGUUGAUCCAAAAUCUCCUGAGAUCAAAAGUAUUCUAUACACAAUGGUGAAAACUUCUUAUAGCAACCCUUAUUACUCAUCUUGUGGGGUGUGCUGCCAUCCAUCGUUGUUCGUAGGAGCACUCACAUGUAUUAUAGCUGAAGAUGAUGUGCUUUAUGUCCAUUUCAUCGACCUUUUGAGUAAAAUCACCGACAGCGGAAUGGCAGUUGCUAAAAAUAGUGUAGACAAGCUAAACGCCAUCAAAGCUAAUGUUGCAAUUGGUGCUUAUCAGAAUAUCAUCAAUCCUGAUCAUGACUUUAUCCCCAUCUAA